UCCUCUCUCUCCUCUAUCUCCUGUUUCUCUCUCCUCUCUCUUGUUUCUCUCUCUUGUUUGUCUCUGAGCUCACACUGUGUUUCUUUUUCAUGGGUUCAGACUGUGCUUUUGGGGAUGCCAUUUGUAGAGAUCCUUGCCUUCAAUUCUACAAAAGCCUUAUCCCCAAAACGACCUUUUUCUCUUAUUUUUAUUUGUUUUUUUGAAAGAACCAACUUUUAUUUAUCCCAAAUUCGCCAUUUUUUACUGGCAUCUGCAGCCUUUCUUGUGUUUUCUGCAAGGUUUGCCGGCUCUUGAACCCCUUCAGCCUCUGGCUUUGCAAGGUUUUCAUCCUUUUUACUGUAUUUUUACGACUUUUUCUUGGGUUUUGUGGGAACUUUUUACUGCUAGUGAGUUUUUCACACGGAAAUUAUCAGUGGGCUCGGAAUUGCAGAGGAGAAAAUAGGUGGUUUUGGGUGUUUAAACCCCCUCUAUGUGUGAUUUUUCAAGGAUUUUUUUGUUGGGUUUUGCUUAUUUGCCUCUUUAAGAGUUUUUUGGAUGUUCUUUUGGUACUUUUUUUUUUUUUCGUAUUUCGGCUGUGUAUGAAGAUUUUUAGGCUUUGCUCUUUGCUCAUUUCUUCCUUUUUAGUUCUUUUUGAAAUUGUUGAUGGGCUCUUCUUUCUCAUGAAAAUUUUUAUCUUGGUCCAAGAGGUAAAAGUAUGAAGGGUCUUGCAGUUUCAGAGCAUAACUAGAAAGAGAUUUUACUGAUAAACAGGGGAGUUUUGAGUCCCUGUUGAAGCCCUUCUAUUUGGAUUUUUACUGCAAGUUCUGUUCAUGGUUUCUGCUCCAUUUCACACUGUGCUCAACUGUCAAUCCAUGUCUACAUCAAUAAUCAUGGAGCUUUAUUGGGGAUCUUUAUAGAAUACAACUCCUGUCUCUCUCUUGAUCCCCAAAAACUGCCUCUUUUUUAUUCCAUAGAUAAAGAGAAGAAAAGAACAGUUCUUUUCUAAGAGUCAUUGGGCCGUUUCACGAUUCAUAGAUCAGGGGAAAGGGUUCCUUUUGCAUCUGUUGCUGAAUCCUUAGAGAGAAAAUAUGGGGUUUUUUCCAGUGAUUCUUAGGAUUUGUUUCCUACUUUUUUUGGUGGGUUUUGUUCAUGGGCUUGGAGCUAAUUGGGGCACGCAGUCAACCCACCCUCUAAAACCAUCGAUAGUUGUGAAUUUGUUGAGAGACAAUGGGUUUCAGAAGGUGAAGCUUUUUGAUGCAGAUGCAGGGACAAUGAAGGCUCUUGGGAAAUCAGGGUUACAGGUGAUGGUGGGGAUUCCAAAUGACAUGUUGGCUAAGUUAGCUACUAGUGUCAAAGCUGCUGAAGAUUGGGUCUCAAAGAAUGUGUCCUCCUAUAUGUCCAAGGAUGGUGUAGACAUCAGGUAUGUAGCAGUGGGCAAUGAGCCAUUCUUGACGACAUAUAAUGGCAGCUUCCUCCAAUUGACCCUCCCCGCCCUCCAAAACAUCCAAAGCGCCCUCAUCAAGGCAGGGCUCAGCACUCGUGUAAAACCCACUGUUCCCUUAAAUGCUGACGUCUACCAAUCCCCCAACAACCUCCCAUCAAGCGGUGACUUCCGCUCCGACAUUCAUGACCUCAUGGUCGCUCUCACCAAGUACCUAAGUGACAAUGGAGCUCCAUUCACUGUGAACAUCUAUCCAUUCAUCUCUCUCUAUAACGACCCCUCAUUUCCUGUAGAUUUCGCCUUCUUCGAUGGAGAUGCAACCCCUCUAAACGAUGGCGGAACCUUAUAUACAAAUGUGUUCGAUGCCAAUUACGAUACGCUCGUUUGGGCCUUGAGGAAGAAUGGAUUCGGAUCUUUGCAAAUUAUUGUAGGGGAGGUUGGGUGGCCUACAGAUGGGAAUGAGCAUGCCACCAUCCAGUUUGCUCAGAAGUUUAAUCAAGGUUUCCUGACUCGAAUUGCUAGCGGUAAGGGCACACCGAUGCAGCUCUCUGCUAUCGAUGCUUACCUCUUUAGCCUCAUAGAUGAAGAUGCAAAGUCAAUUGAUCCAGGGAACUUUGAGAGACAUUGGGGUGUCUUCAACUAUGACGGAUCCAUCAAGUAUCAACUAGGGGUUGGGAACUCGCAGUUAAUCGGAGCUAAAGGCGUGAAGUAUUUGCCGAAAAAAUGGUGUGUUCUAACUCCCCAAGCUAAUUUAGAUGACCCCAAGAUAGGUGAGAGUGUAAACUAUGCGUGUAGUUUGGCUGAUUGUACUGCCCUUGGCUAUGGUUCGUCGUGCAACAGUCUUGAUGUUAGGGGGAACAUAUCGUAUGCAUUUAAUUCGUAUUUCCAACGGAAUAAUCAGUUGCAGGUUGCAUGCAAGUUCCCCAAUGUAUCAUCGGCAUACCUCUCAAUGACUACAGGGUCGGAUCCCACGACUCCUUCUUGUAGAUUCGAGAUCAUGAUAGCUCCGGACUCGACUGCAUCGUCUGCUUCUUUGCUUUCAUCUACAUCCUCAUUUUUCAGGAUCAAAAUACAGGUGCUCACUGGCCUUUCGGCAAUUCUGUUCUAUGUAUCCACAUUCAUGUGAUUUAUUUGAGUUUUGACUUUUUUUUUUUUUGUUCUUUUUUUUCUGGUUAACCCCUGUUGUUUAUGAGUAAAGGCUAGUUCACAAGCAUAAUUUAUGGGAAUUUUUUGUGACCA